AGCGGUGCAUAUUACACCUAGAAGAUGACAGAACAGCACCACACAGCAAAUUCUCUUGCCAAGGGGAUUCCACCAUUUAUGAUAGUUUUCGGGACGUUCGGAAACAUCUUUUCUAUUUACAUUCUUACGAGAAAGAACAUUCGACAGUCAACGUGUACAGUAUAUCUCGUGGUGUUAGCUUGUUCCGACCUCGUUGUGCUUUAUACCGGUCUUUUGCGCACGUGGAUAUCCGCCACCUUCCAGAACGACAUCCGAACUCACACUUCCGGUAUUUGUAAAAUACACACCUGGUUAGUGUACGUUUCCCUGGAUUUCUCAGCCUGGAUUCUCGUAGCUGUCACGGCAGAGCGUGUAGCCUUGGUUUGGUUCCCCCACAAGGCCAAGGUCAAAUGCACUAAGAAAACAGCCGCCUUCGUAAUAACACCUAUAUUUGUGUUUCUCAUGUUAAUCAACAGUCAUAUUUUUUACGGUAUAGACAGGGUGGUAAAAAUUGACGGCAAUUCAACUAGUAUAGAGUGUUAUUUCGUUUCCGAGAGUUACCGUCAUUUCUUCGAAGAACUCUGGCCUUGGGUUGAUUUAACGAUAUUUUGUGGACUUCCGUUUUGUUUUCUUGUUUCAGGCAAUGUGUUGAUAAUAACAAAAGUGUUUGCCAGUCAAAGAACGACAAGAAGACAAGUAGUACCUCAUGAUCCCAACGGUCGCACGCAGCGGUCUCAAAUGUCAUCUAUGAGUAUAAUGUUAUUCUGUCUUAACUGCGUCUUCUUGCUUUGUACGACACCUAUCAGCAUUUAUUUAAUCGGUUAUGUACACUGGGCCCGUGGAGCUACAGAGGCCACCAAAGCCAAUCUGACCCUCUUCUGGACAUUGGUGAACGUACUGAUGUACGCUAACAAUACAUUCAACUUCCUCUUAUACUGUAUGAGUGGAAGUCGCUUUAGAGCGGAAGUUAGGGUCGUGUUCAGGACUGUAUUUAAACUUCAUAACAAUUUUGAUAGGACAGAAAAUAAUUUAAGGAGAACAAUGGGCGCGACGGAUCGUGCUAGAAAUACUACCAUUCCUUUGGAGGAUCGAGAAAGAAAUACCGGUGAUUCAAAAGACAACAAUAAUUUUCUCUCUGUGCUAACACAACCUGGGGAAAUCAAAUGUGACAGCAGAACAAACUCGUAGGUAAUGUCAAUGAACCUGUUAAUAUGUUGUGAAUAAUGUUUUUUUAUGAAUGAAAAAAAUGGAACCUAUGAAUGAGAAAAAACAUGGAACCUAAAAGCGAAACAAGCGAAACGAAAACAAAACUCAACGUCAUAGGGGCUUUAUAUGGUACUUGCUAUCGAAUAUUUGUAUGAGAUUUAUUGUCAAUAUGUGUUUGUGGCUUUCUAGAAACUAUUUGUAUGAGACUUGCUAUCAAAUAUGUGCUUGUUACUUUCUUUGACCUAUUUAUAUGGGACCUAUUCGCAAAUAUCGAUAUUGUAUUUUAUUGUUUAUGACUAACUAUCAAGUAUGUUUUGAUAACUGACUAUUACUGUUUGUAUGAAAUGUACUACACUGUACAAGUAUUUCAUGAGACUUGUCAUCAAUUAUUUGUAUAAAACUCUCUGUCAUAAAUUUUUAUGGAGCUUACUAUCAUUUAUUUGUAUUUGUGUUUCUAUCAAUUUUUUAAUUAGAACACUUGGAACAUUUGAAUGGUACUUCCUAUAAAUAUUUUUGUAAGCUAUGUACUAUCAAGUAUUUGCCAGGAAAGUAUAUGUAUAUGAAUUAAUCUGUACUUGCUAUGUGAUUUAUGACAGAUGUUUAAAUUUUAUGU